ACAGAGUGGGGACGUGGGGAGGCUAGAGGGUGAGAAAGCUGGCGGGAGAGUAGGGCGGCGCUGGAGGAGGGCGGUGCGUGGCUGACUCAUCCUCUGGAAGAUCAGACUGACAGAGACACACACUAGCCCGCCCCGCCCGCCCGCGCCGCUCCACCUCAGCCGGGAGGCGCCCGCCCGCACCGACCGCCCGCCCUCUCCGGGCGCUGUCCGGGCCCGGCCGUCUCAGAGAAAGUUUUUCCCAUCGGAGGGGCGGGAGCCGCCGCGGGCCUUUUGGAAAGGAAGUGGGGACGGAACAGGAGGCGAGAGCCGCGCGGGCCCGCGGAGUGCAUGGUGCCCGGCGCCUCGGCUGCCUGGCAGGAGGACCUCGGGGCGGGGUCGAGCUGAGCCCAGCUCCUUCUCGCCUCAGCCGCGCCAGAAACCGCCUUCCCGGACGGCCGCGGGGGUCCCAGCUCCUCAGCUCGCCAUGUCCCGGCUGCUGCCGCUGCUGAGGAGCCGGACCGCGCGCAGCCUGAGGUCGGGCCCGGCCGCCGCCGCCGCGCCCCGCCCGCCGUCCUGGUGCUGCUGCGGGCGGGGGCUGCUAGCGCUCGCGCCCCCCGGCUGCUUGCCGGGCGGCCCCAGGCGGCUGGGCACGCACCCCAAGAAGGAGCCCAUGGAGGCGCUGAACACGGCGCAGGGCGCGCGCGACUUCAUCUACAGCUUGCACUCCACGGAGAGGAGCUGCCUGCUCAAAGAGCUGCACCGCUUCGAGUCUAUUGCCAUUGCCCAAGAAAAAUUGGAAGCUCCACCACCCACCCCAGGACAGCUGAGAUAUGUAUUCAUCCACAAUGCGAUACCUUUCAUAGGGUUUGGCUUUUUGGAUAAUGCAAUUAUGAUUGUUGCUGGAACCCAUAUUGAAAUGUCUAUUGGAAUUAUUUUGGGAAUUUCAACUAUGGCAGCUGCUGCUUUGGGAAAUCUUGUGUCAGAUCUAGCUGGACUUGGACUUGCAGGCUAUGUUGAAGCAUUGGCUUCCAGGUUAGGCCUGUCAAUUCCUGAUCUCACACCAAAGCAAGUUGACAUGUGGCAAACACGUCUUAGUACACAUUUGGGCAAAGCUGUUGGGGUGACUAUUGGCUGCAUUCUAGGAAUGUUUCCUUUAAUUUUCUUUGGAGGAGGUGAAGAAGAUGAAAAACUGGAAACGAAAAGUUAAUCCUCUUAGAAUACCUAUAAAAAGAUGUAAACUAAUGUACCUCAGUAAUUAAAUAUGCUGUCACAACAUUUAGGAAUUAAGACAGUAACAGUAUAGAUAUGGGAUCAAAUAAUUUAGCAUGUAUUAUGGAAAACACUAACUUAUUGUGGCUUGAUCUUCUUAGGACAUCUUUUUUAAAAAGCUGUUUAGUAUCAUUUUGUGUAAAUUGUUGAAAUGCUUUUUCAUCAAUAGCAGUCAACAUUUUAUCCUUUCUUUUUAUAUUCAUAAUGUUAUUUAAGUGUCAUUGAUGUACUGUAUUGACUUGGGGUUUGCUUAUUUGUUACUUAACAUGUGUACAUGCAUGAAAGCAUUUUUCGUUGUUCCCUGAUAGUUACAUUUCAACCUUGGGAUUUUUCCGAAUUACUUAAGAUGUUUAAUGUCAGUUAAAGAUUUUUUUACCCUCUUUUUGGGAACAUCAAUUUUGUACUGUUAUGCAGUAAACAUUUAUAAUAAUAUAAUUUCAGUCAUUUUCUUAACUCUCACAUCUAUUGAAAAUGGAUAUAGAUACAGGUUUUAAGUAUUUUAAGUAUAUAUUACUUAUUUUAAUUUUCUGACUUUACUAUUUUAAGGGCCAGAGGGUUAAUCACAAAGAGCAAUUAUGUGGUCUCCCUGCUACAUGAAACCGUGUAUACUAACAAGCGUACAAUUUUUAGUUGAUUUUUUUUAACCUUUUAGUUUCCCAGUUUUGAAUAAUUACAUGGUGGAUUCUGACUUUUGAGGGGAAGCAAAUGAUUAUUUUAGAGUCUUUGAAAUGGGGAUUGUGGAAUUAGAUUGAACUAAGGGAUUUAACAUGAUGCUUGGAAAUUAAGAGACUAAAGCUUUUUUUAAAAAAAGGUAGAAAAUAGGAACUGUCAAGAAGGUUUAUGGUAUAAAUGAUGAAGUUGAAGUGAUGUUUGAAAGAUUAAUGAGAUACAAUUUAUAUUAUUUGGUAAGGUUUUUUUUUUCCCCCUCCAAAGAUGUCAUCUUCUCAUCUGAAUGGAAUAAGUCUGAAUACCCCAUAUUCAUACUCCUAAUCUCAUUAUAUCUUAUUUAGUGAAUUUUAUUUAUGAAUAAUUUCUGUUGAAGUGAAAACUAGAUAUUUAAUAUUUUGCUUUUUUGCUACAUAGUCUACUCAAAAAUUACAUGAGGAGAAAUCCUUUUUCCCUUUGUUUUUCUUUUUUCUUCUUUUGUGGUAUUUAAAGCAUAUUUUAGGUUGAAGUUACUUAUUUCUAGUCUUGUACUUCUGGCUUAAGUAUAACCAUGUAAGAAUUAUAAAUUUUAGUUUUCUGAACCCUUAAACUUUUUUAGCAUGUGGUCUGUUACACAUGCUAAAAAAUUAGUCUUACUUGUAACAGCGUAAUUAAACACAUCAUGGAGGAGAGAAACUUAAAAUUAAAAUAAUAUUUUGGCUUUUGAAGUUAUUUGUGUUGCUAAAUAGAUGCAGAGGUUUUACAGCAGUUUAUUUUAAGGUUUUAUUUAUACAUAAUUACUUUGAACUCUUCAGAGUAGAUAUUUUUUCACAAGGCAGUUUGUCAUAAAUUCUCUCAUGCGCUUCAGAAUGAAUAAGUGCCAUCGUUUAAUCAUAGACUUUGAGGAGAGAAAGCAUAAAAAUAUAGCAUAUAAUCUAAAAAUAAAUAUAUAACAUGCACAAAUAAUGUGACAUUCUUACUGAAUCAAAUCAUGAUUCUAGAACUUGAGAUCUUAAAUAGAAUUUCGGUUUGUAUCUUCCAUAUAAUAACCACACACAGAUAACCACACAAAAAAUCCUUUGUAAAAUUUCUGAUUGAUAGGAUUAGAGUGCUAAAUUUUUUGGGGGGGAAGGGUGGGGUAAAGUGUAAGUGCUUUCUUUUGUCCCUAACUUGUGUAUUGAUGGCAGUCCAUUCUGUUUUCUAAAAAUGUAUUUUACUGUGGUGCUUAACUUCUUAUUAAUUAAAUCCCGUAUCAGAAACCUUG